AUGGCCACUCGAAGGGCUCCAUAUCUCCCCACCUCGCUCGAAACGAUUAUCCUCUCGACUUACCCUGCCACACUUGUGGUUGGCUCUCUCUUCGCUCUUCUAGAUCCAGCAGCGAGGGCAGCUCCUUACAACUCAACCACACAAUCGCAUUUUGCCAACACCGCGCCAUCAUACUUUGCGAAGAAAAGCAACAUAUUCAAUGUGUUCUUCGUCAAACAGGGCUGGGCCUGGGUCACAUUUAGCUAUAUUUUCUUCCUGUUUACUCACCCAUCUACUGGCCCGACCUCGCUAGCAAUUACGCACAAGCGACUUCGCGGGUUGCUCAGAUAUGCUAUUGUCACCCUGUGGUGGUUCUUUGUCACUCAAUGGUUUUUUGGACCUGCAAUCAUCGAUCGUGGAUUCAUGCUCACGGGGGGCCAGUGUGAGCUCGUGGAGCAAGCGAACGCGGGAAAUGUUGAUAUGGACUCCACCAGGCAGUUUGUUACAGGCGUAGCUUGUAAAGCUGUAGGUGGCAAGUGGAAAGGUGGCCAUGAUAUCAGCGGGCACGUCUUCUUACUUGUGCUUGGAAGCAUGUUUCUCUUCGAGGAAGUCUUCCACGUUGUCCUAAGAGCAGGAGGGACGAAGGAAAAGCGUACUGUAAUUAUGAAGGACGGGGCUGUGAAGAGCGCAGAAGUAGAAGCCCAACCUCAAAGCAGAAGCUCACUAUCGUGGACUUUGGGGGCGAAGAUUGUCCUAGGCAUUGGAGCACUCUGCCUUUACAUGCUCUUGAUGACUGCAGCUUAUUUUCACACUUGGUUCGAAAAGUUCACAGGGCUUUUGGUGGCCUUUAGUGGUAUUUUUGUUGUUUAUUUCUUGCCCCGAGCAGUACCAGAGAUGAGAGAUGUGCUGGGCAUGCCAGGAGUAUAG